AUGGUGGUGGGUGGUCAGGGUAGCUGUUGGUGGUGGUUGGUGGUGAUGGGUGGUGGAUGGUGGUUGGUGGUAGUGGCAGGUGGUGGUUAUAAUGGUGGGUGGGUGGUAAUGAUGGGUGGUGGAGGUGGGUGGGUGGUCAUAGUGGUGGCGAGUGGUGAUGGUGGUGGUUGGUGGUUGUGGUUGGCGGUGGCGGGUGGUGGUGAUGAUGUUGGGUGGUGGUUUUCGUGGGUGGCGGGUGGGGCAGGUGGUGAUGGGUGGUGGAGAAUUGUAUGGUUCAAUUUGAGAAAAUGUUCUGGAAGCAUUAAAAUCACUGAAAUCGUUUGUAAAGCUUUGAGCAGUUGUGAGAGGUUAGCUAGUGAGGAAAGAAUCAACUGA